AUGCAGAUCUGGGCACAGUUCGUUAAUGAUUCAAGCUAUCUCUAUGAUAAUGUACUUCCGUUUUACCAGAAGACGGUGCAUUUUACUCCUCCGAACCUUGCUUACCGUGAACCUAAUGCCACCGCGCUGUAUAACGAGAGUGCAUUCGAUGCAGACGGUGGCCCGCUCGAAGUAUCAUAUGCCAACUACGCUAUGCCGUUCUCCUCCUGGGUAAAGCUGGGGAUGGAAGCGAUUGGAAUCAAGGAAACAGCAGAUUUCAACAGUGGCACAUUAAUGGGCUCCCAGUAUUGUGCUUCCACGAUUCGGGCGUCGGACCAGACGAGGAGUAGCUCGCAUUCCGCAUUCUUUGACGGACCAGCGCAAUAUCCGCGUUUGGUGGUUUACCCGUACACUAUGGCGAAAAAGAUCAUCUUCGAUUCCCUGAACAGCGCAAGAGGGGUCGUAGUCCAAACUGGUGAGAGCUCAUAUUCCAUUUUCGCAAGGAAAGAGGUUAUUGUGUCCGCGGGGGCAAUUCAGUCCCCUCAACUCCUGAUGGUCUCUGGCAUUGGACCUGCAGAGACACUCGCAGAAUUCGGUAUUGAUAUCGUCACCGAUCUCCCUGGUGUCGGCCAGAAUAUGUGGGAUCACGUCUAUUUUGGGCCGACAUUCCGCGUAAACGUCCUGACGUUUACCAGGGUGAUGACGAAUAUGACCUACCUCCUUUCGCAAGUUGCGGAAUACCAUAGGUACCGGAGGGGCCCAUUGACGAACCCUGUUAGCGACUUUCUUGCCUGGGAGAAAGUUCCACGGCAUCUGCGAGCCGGGUUCUCUUCUCAGACCAAGGCGGACUUGGCCAGGUUUCCAAACGACUGGCCUGAGCUUGAAUAUAUUUCUGGAUCAGGAUACGUUGGAAACAAUUCAGGCCUCCUCGAGUCACAACCCAAGGACGGAUACGAGUAUGGCACGAUCCUCACUUCGCUAGUUGCUCCAACAUCCCGCGGGAAUGUAACUAUCAUGUCCAACGACACGGCAGAUCCCCCGGUCAUCAAUCCGAACUGGCUGCAUACCGAGACGGACCAAGAAGUAGCGGUUGCAAGCUAUAAACGUAUGCGCGAGGCCUUUCACAGUCCCGCAAUGGCACCCGUGAUUAUUGGAGAUGAGUACUACCCUGGAAGCGAGUACAGUACGGAUGAACAGAUUCUCGAAGUGAUCAAGAACAGCGUCAUGACUAUCUACCACGCCGCCUGUACGUGCAAGAUGGGCACACGCGGGGACGCCAUGGCGGUCGUUGAUAGCGAAGCCAGGGUGUUUGGCGUCCAUGGACUUCGAGUGGUGGAUGCCAGUGCAUUCCCCAUUCUGCCCCCGGGACAUCCGCAAUCCACAGUUUACAUGCUGGCGGAGAAGAUUGUAGCGAAGAUCCUCGAGUCUUAGUUUGUUCGGUCGCCCCGUCGAAGGUUCAUUCUGCUGCCGAUCGAACUUUGUUUGGGUACACGCUGCGCUGUACUUGUUGUUCUCUAUUGCGUAUGAUCAUCAGGCAUCUCACUCCUCACUCUCCACCGGAUAUUGUAUGGAUUGUGCGGACGGGCAGUCCUCUGCUUCGACCACGGUGGUUUACAGCGCAUAUAUAAGACAUUUGCAUGGAGGAUGCAGUUUUAUCAUUUUGUUUGUAUAUUUCGUGGGAAGUGAGCUUCACUGAAAAGUAGCGUAGAGCGGCCCCACAUCUUACCCCGCAGAGAACCAGAAGAUCAGGGUGCUCGAUGCACGGAGCACUAUCAACAUCUUCACGGCAGACUGGGUAUUCUCCUGAAGGAACGAGGGAAGGGGGGAGAAUAAAGUUGGUAGGACGUGCAUGUACUGUAUCUUUCUCGAGGUACGUAGUAGUACUCUAUACUCGUACG